UCCGGCUGGGUGCGGGACGCGCUUGGUCCCUCUCUCUGUAUCGGUCCGUCUGCAUUACCGCCCCUGCCCUGUUCCCAGCGGGAGGGACAUGAGUGUCCCUGAGCCGCCGCUGUCGGCCGGGGUCCUGCCUGGGCCGCCCGCCGGCCUGGGAGCCGGGGAGCGGACGCCGGGUUUAAGUGACACUUCUCCAGAUGAAGGGUUAAUAGAGGACUUGACUGUGGAAGACAAAGCUGUGGAGCAACUGGCAGAAGGAUUGCUUUCUCACUACCUGCCAGAUCUGCAGAGAUCAAAACAAGCCCUGCAGGAACUCACACAGAACCAAGUUGUAUUAUUGGACACACUGGAACAAGAGAUUUCAAAAUUUAAAGAAUGUCAUUCUAUGUUGGAUAUUAAUGCUUUGUUCACUGAAGCCAAACACUAUCAUGCCAAGUUGGUGAAUAUAAGGAAAGAAAUGCUGAUGCUUCACGAAAAGACAUCGAAGUUAAAAAAAAGAGCACUUAAACUGCAGCAGAAGAGGCAGAAAGAAGAGUUGGAAAGGGAGCAGCAACGAGAGAAGGAAUUUGAAAGAGAAAAGCAGUUAACUGCCAAACCAGCGAAAAGGACAUGAAAAGUUGAAUGUGUUUGUGUGUUCUUCCCUUCCCUGUCCCACGUGCUUUGCAUUUAAGAAGACUUAAGUGCAGACUGAAGUUAAGGUAGUGCCUUAUACCAUUGUGUCCUGUUUUGAAAUCCUUUCCUCAGGAGUGCUGUCUCUAUAUGUUCAUUUUAGCCAUUUAAGUGGCCCCCCCCCUCACAUCCCCCCUCCCCCAAGUAAAAGACAAUGUCACUUGGUUGGAUA